AUGUUUAUAACGAGUUCAGCACAAUUAUUCGAUAAUAAUACGUCGGAAAAUGAUAAUUCAACAGUUGCAUCGCGACGUGCACGCCAAAUCACAACAAUUCUUGAUGGACUAUUGGAAAAUUAUGAUGCACAUGUUCGACCAAAUUUUGGAGAAGGUCCAACGAAAAUAAAUUUUGAUAUCUUAGUGAGUUCUUUUGGACCUAUUCAAGAUAUGGACAUGUCAUUUACAAUGAAUUGUUAUUUUCGUCAACGGUGGCGUGAUGAACGUCUUCAAUUUGCUGAAGAAGUUGGUGUACUUUCAUUAUCGACACGUAUGCUUGAACGACUCUGGAGACCGGACACAAUUUUUUAUAAUUCGAAGUAUUCCUAUUUACAUACAAUACCAACCAGUAAUCGUCUAUGGCGAUUGUUCCCUGAUGGUUCCAUAUGGUAUUCAUCAAGAAUAACAGUCAAAGCAAGAUGUAAUAUGAAUUUGAAAAAUUUUCCAGUCGAUAUACAAAUUUGUAAAUUUCUUAUUGGAAGCUUUGCGAAUCCAGCAUCAGAUAUUCAAUAUGGUUGGCGUUUAGGAAAUAAUGCGAGUGUUUCUUUUGAUACAAAAGUUGUAUUAUCACAAUUUGAUCUGAUUAAAUAUCCACAGUAUGAUGAAAGUGUUGAUAUGAAUGGACAAAAUCAUGAUGAGUUUUCAUUGUAUUAUAUUUGUAAUGCAACAAGUGAUUAUACAGGUAGUUUUUCUGUGCUUCGUGUUGAUUUUGUUCUUAAACGACAUAUGGGCUAUUACAUUUUGCAAGUAUAUAUUCCAAGUUCAAUGUUAGUUAUGUUAUCAUGGGUGUCAUUUUUUAUUCAUCGUGAAGCAACAGCCGAUCGAGUCAAUAUUGGUGUAAUGACUUUUCUCAGUUUAGCAACGUUAAGUUUUGAUAUACGAAAUUAUACAGCUGCUGUUUCCUAUCUAACAGCACUCGAUUGGUUUGUUAUUAUGGCAUAUGGUUUUUUACUUGCAUCAUUACUUCAAUUUGCUUUUGUUCAUUAUUUUACUAAGUUUAGUUAUGGUGAACCACUUAUGAGCUAUCAUGAUUCAAUCGAUAGUGUAUUAAUCGAUGAAAAUGAUCCUCCAAGAAAUCGAAAUCUCCCUGCACGUUCAUCUGUUUACUAUCCGCGUUAUCAAAAUACGCUUGAAAAAAAACCUCGACGAGAACGAAAACAAUGUUCAGAAAGUAUUCGAUACUAUUUAGCUCAAUUUUGGUUUUGUGUAUCAGGCAAUGAUAGUCAUAAACGUGAGCUACGUAAACGUGCAUCUCGUUUUGGUAUAAAUAGUCGUAGUAGAUUAGAUGGUUUCGCUCGCGUUGCUUUUCCGCUUAGUUUUGCUCUUUUUAAUAUUUUGUAUUGGUGUUAUUUUCUUCAAAUACAAAAUUAA